GCUCUGCGAUUGGAGACAACGCUGGUUAACAGGUCUGCGACCGAGGAGCGUCUUGUUCUUUUGCAUAAUCAUCACCGGUGUGGCGCGCACUGUGUGUCCUCUGGAGGAUACCAGAGCCCCGCAGGUGCUGAGAUUUUACACCAGGGACUCUUUUUUUUUUUCUUUCCUCCUAAGAAAUAAAUCUUUUAGAGAAUAAUAUCCACCAGGCUGUUCUGUGUUGUGGCGCAACAGAGCGCUGUGUGUGCGCUCAGCCUGUUCCACAAGAACCAGACUGGUCGAGGCUGCUCAUCUGGCAGCAGGUGGUGUGACAUGUGGACCGGGUGAAGUCACCCGCUUCUCCCCGUGAUUGUCAGUUAACAGUCAAUUGAGGUGCUCCGGACAUUAGAGUUUAGAAAAAAAGUGACAGUGACAGUCAGUCACUCAGGAUGCUCGGCCAAUCUCCUCACCUUAUCGGAGGCAUCUUGUGGAUCCAGAAUCCAAUGAGAGCUGUUCACUGCAACCUGAGCCAGAAUGGCAUCGAUCACCAGAUGUGCCCGGAGGACAUGACGUCACAGCUGGAGGAAGAGGAGGAGUCGGUGGACGCUGGGGCUGUGCUGCUGGACGACGACAGCCCGAGCUACCAGGAUGUCAGCCCCCCAAUGUACCAGCGCCGUAUGCCGCCACACCGCUCAGUCUCUGAGUCUGAGCUGACACGGCCAGGAUAUGUAAAGCUGUCCAAACCAGUUGCCCUGUGGACCCAACAGGAUGUGUGCAAAUGGCUGAAGAAACAUUGUCCCAAUCAGCACCAGAUCUACAGCGACUCCUUCAAACAGCACGACAUCACAGGGCGGGCUCUGAUGAGAUUGACAGACAGAAAGCUGGAAAGAAUGGGUAUCAUGCAGGAAGCCCAGAGGCAGCACAUCCUGCAGCAGGUCCUACAGCUUCGUGUCCGAGAGGAAGUCAGGACCCUUCAACUUCUCACACAAGCCUCUCUGGAGUGCAGUCCAUCUUCGCCAUAGCCUGGCGGAGCAGGAAUACCCGGUCACAAAAGGACGUAGACACCCACCGCCUUGCCAACAUCCACUCAACAUAUGAUCCCCCAGACUUCUCCAUGGAACAAUCACAACUCUCUGUCUCAUGCCUUUGGUCUCCGUCCUUGUCUUCUCCAAAGGCCGAUCUGGAAAAAAAACUCAUGCCUUCUUCCCAGCCACUCCUGAGAAGCUCCCACGAGUUCUGACUUGCUUUGUUUCCUCGCAGUCCAAACAAUUCCUCACAGCUUCCUGGAAUCUGACCAAAGGUUUCCGUUACAGGCGUCCCAUCUCCAGUCAUUUCUGACCUUUGCAGUCAAACUUCCACCAGGCCUCUCACGCUAUAACUCCUACACUCCUUUCAGACAUCACUUCACUCCCUCUCUCUCAAGAACCACGCCAGCAGCCAAGCCCUCCUAAUCUUCAUCUACCCAGAAUUUAACACUUGCUUGGCUGGGUUUCCUAAAAGCAUUUAAACACAAAGAUAAUCUCUGCACCAUUGCCUUGUAAUUGGACAUUCUCGUGUGUGUGCUGAUUUGCUUUUAGGGAACUCACCUACCCUUACAGUAAACAGUGACACCUAUAAUCCACUUCUACAUUCAAACGCAGUCUCUUGGUCUGUUUGUGGCAUGUUAGCUCCUUCAUUGUAGCACUUAAAUGUGUAUUUCCUCCCAUACAAUACUCUUGUGGUGCUCUGCUGAGCCUGAGACUUUCAGUGGUGGCAACAUAAUGACUGUCCACAACACCACUACUAUACACCUUUCCUCCCCUUAUUCUUCCUCCUUAUCUCCUCACAGACUAUUCCCACAACCGCAAAAGGGGCGAGACAUUUAACACAAUCUUGUAUGUGUUUUGUGCUCUUUCUCUCUGUCAUUCUGUGCAUAGAUCCUGUAAAUGGUGUUUGACAACGCCCGGUGAAGUGUCCGUAUCUCUCCUCACUUUUUGUCCUCUCCAUAUUGUGGAUCACUCUCUUAGGGAAGACAGUAAGCCUCAGAGAACUUCACUGUGAAAACAACCAACAGUUAGUCUGGGAAUAAGCACUGAACACAUUAGAUAUGGUUAAGUUGGCUCCCACGAAAUGAACGACAUCGAUGUGAAAAAGCAAUCUGAAGGAGAUGAAGCAGAACCUGAAAAAAAAGGGAUGAACUGCGAAAAGGAAAUUCCCUUGGUGUCACUAAAAGCACCGUACCAGUAGGUAAACUGAAACAAAGGGAAAGGGAGUGGCUGAAAGAAAAAAAAAAGGAGCAGGAACAGCAAAAGGGCUUUGUGAACCGAGAGAUACUUCGACUUGAAAUUCUUUACCGCUAAUGAGGAGAGAAAAAGAAGAAAAGACAUCACGGAUAACAAAAGAAGAGCCUUUUUCAUUUCCUCCCCUCUGUAUCGCCGACUCUUUAUUGCUUUGUCUGCUUUCCAUCUCACUGCUUGAAACUAUUUUUAGAUGAGAUAUAUUGAAAAUAGUGUAGAAAGGAGAUGUGCUGUGUGCAAAAGCUCAUUAUGGAAAUGUUGUGUGUCAAUCUGUUAGGAAGAUAUUCUAUUUAUCUCUGAUGAGAAACUCAAAUCUCUGUCAAUGUGAAUAAUGGCCACUCACUGUUGAUAUUAUAGGUAUUUUAACCGCACUUAAAAAGCACAUCUGUCUGUCAUGAAACAAAACAGCUGUUAAUCGGACCAUUGUCAUCUUCUUCACUAUGUCUAUGAGUGUAAAUACAUUAUAAUAUCUUGUAGCCAGUAUAAUGACCUCUUAAUAUCAGCCACUGAUUUCAGUGUACUGGAGUGAUAUUUAUCAAAAGCUCGUAUCCACGCCGGUGUAGCAUGAGCUGUUGUCAUGGUAACAACAUCUUUCCUCUUCUGGAUCGGAGCUGUCAGUCAGAGGAGCAUAAAAUAACUGUUGCGGUCGGAGCGUGGGGGGAAAAGAAGGGGGUCAGCAAUCGGCCCCUGAGAGCCAUUGCGUUUUAAUGGGAUUCCAUUUGUACAUGGGUCCCACUGUGUCCAGCAAUUCAUUGUUUGGAUAGUAGCUGUAGCCUAAUGCGGCAAAGACCUGUGGGCAGAUUGAAUAGUAUUGAUCAGUUCUUCGGGACAUACAGUCGGUCCUUCAGGAUUACAAAAGCUUCAAGGACUGUGUGUGUGUGUGUGUGUGUGUGUGUGUGUGUGUGUGUGUGUGUGUGUGUGUGUGUGUGUGUGUGUGUGUGUGUGUGUGUGUGUGUGUGUGUGGGGGGGGGGGGUGACAGUCACAUAGGAAUGGAGUUGUUCAGGCUAAAACACAAGUGGCUAUUUCACGGUCGGCUGGAGAUGGCGUGUCCAUGUCUGUCAAGGCCACAGGAGGAAGGGGAGGUCUCGAGCUUCCGUUAAGUUUGGAAUUUCUCCACUCCUCAAUAUCAGGUUAGAAGCCGGGAAAAAUGUGAACUGGGACAAAUGGUUUGCAGUGAUGAAAGCUUGGUGAGUUUGAGACCUGGAUUCAUUAAUGCAAAUGCCCCUUUCUGACUCUACAAUAUAACUAUUUUCAAUAAUAUGAUUAAUUGAUCAUCACUCUUCAUUAUACGUAAUUUAGUAUACCCUCUUAAAGGAAGAAUUUGCAAUUUUGGGAAAUACACUUGAUGAGAAGAUUGAAUCCAUUCAUAUUUAAGACAAUUAGCUUAGCUUAGCUUAGCUUAGCUUAGCAUAAAUAAACAGCUAGCCACUAUUUAACAAUUUACAUCUAAUUUGCUUGUUUGUCAUUUUUGCACUUUGUUUGUAUGAACUUACUUUUGUUCUUAUGUUCAAAUACUUCAGACCACUUUCGAGCAAAAGUUACAAUUUAGCCGGAAAUCAUUCGCUUUCUUGCAAAGGGUUAAAUACUAAAAUUGAUGCCACCUCUUAUAUUUGAUCAUUCAAUAUAAAGCUACAUUCAGCAGCCAGUCAGCGUAGCUUAGCAUACAGACCAGCUCUGUCCACAAAUCCACCUAUCAACUGUUUAAUUGGUGCAAAAACCAAAGUGUAGAAAUGAUAGAAUGACAAAUUGGAUAUAACAUGUUCAUUAAUGAGCUUCAGACAUACUUGAGGGUGGAUUUUGUUAACAUUAGACAAAGCCAGGCUAACUGUUUCCCACAGUUUCCAGUCUUUAUUCUAGGCACUGAGCUACCCGUCAGCCGGCUCCAGCUCUAUACUGAAAGGACGUGAGAGUGGUAUCAAUGGUCUCAUCUAAGUCAUCUAAGAUUUCCCCGAAUAUCAAACUAUUUCUUUUCGUUAAAUUUGAAGCUUUUCUCGGAUAUGGUCAGAAGCCUUCAAAUUUGCACAUAAGAGACUGACAAAACCAAAGUCCAGGCAUUCCCAAAUCCAGAGGGAAAAGAACACAAGGCUGACUUUGUGUGAUCUCACAGUAUAUGAACCACUUUCCUUGGAUUUCAUCAUAUUUUUGAUUGUGGCCCUGUAAAGAAAGUGCUGUGUGUAUUCAAAUUCAAUUGCAAUUCUGCUCUUCAAUGUGGCUGUAAAGGAUUAUUGAAAGUGUUCUAUUCCUUUUAACUCAAAGCGUCUUUGAAAUUAAUUUUUACAAAUUUCAUGCAGACAGUGUAAACUUUGGGUCAAGACCUAAAUUUGCUUUCAGGCUUUCCACUACAUAACAAAUGUAGCAGUCCGUUUUAGUGAUCCAUAUCCCAGGCUGCGGCACAGUAAUAACCCUGGGUGUAGGCAGUAAAAUAUUGAUUCUUUAUUGUUACUCUCCAGAGUGUGUGCUUGCUCCCUACUUGCAGGGGGAGGGAGCGAGGGGAAUAGAUUUUCCUCCAGAGGCAUGAGGGAAACUUUCCACUGUAUUUUUGGCUCUGAUAUCCAGGUAUAACCAGCUCAAGAUCUGGCAACUGUGCCAAGGUGUCCGAGGAUUUGCCUGAACUUGCUCAGUGCGUAGUCUCCCAGUACCUGUAAAAGCUUUGGCACACACUCAUAGAUGCUGAUACAUAGUGUGCGGUUCAACAAGAACACCAGACUGAACCUCACACAACGUUAUUGCACAAGAUCUUUCACACAUGCUGGCACGCAUGUAUAACUGCACCCAAACCCAGACUUUGUGUGUAAAAUACACAUAUACAAGCACACACAUGGUGACACUUACUAUAUACACACACAUUUUUCUCAGCAAAUUAGCAGUAAACACAGUCGCAGCCGCUCACAGGUUUCACAUUAGUUAUGCAUAAACAAAUGUAGAAGCAAACAUGUAAGUGACGCCUCAAACACAAUCAGAAGACAACAAAUCUAAGAUUCUUUUUUUCUGCUGUGUUGAGAGCAUGUUUUGAUUCUGUUCUGAGUGUUUUUGUAACCAACAGGCAUGCAGACCAAGUCUCUACUCCCAAUCUAUCUACAUAUAAGGUGCCUAAUGAUGGAUAUUAAUGACGAUAUUGACAUCAUGAUGAGUAUAUAUAAUAAACAGAUUAAUCUUCAUGUAUAA